CAUCCUUCUUGAUCUCAUCAGCGGAGUCGAAUUGCAACCGCGCGAGUCAUCAUCGUCGUCGUUGAUUUGGUCUCCAUCGGAGUGUAUUUUUCUCUAUUUUUGAAAGCAGUCUAGGAAAAUUUUAGCUGCCGAGAAAAAGUGUUUUCGGUUCGUACAACAAUUAACGCGUAUGGAAUUGUCGCCGCUCAGCCCGGUUCCGUCGCCAUUUGGCGGCGACGAGUAGUGAUGAAAAUCUAGGUUCCGGAUUUUGCCCCAUCAGCAGCAGUCGAGGCGCAUCAGCCAAAAGAAAGAUGGUCGACUACGAAAAUUGAAACGCAUUUUGCUGGUGGCCCGAUUGAGUGAAUUUGUUUUAUGGAAAAUAAUGAAAGAUUUUUGACCAGUAUGCUGCUUUUGUUUGGAAAAGUUGAAAAAUAGAAAAAAUAAUAUGCAGUGAAUCCCAGUUGUCCUUCAAAAGUUUCAGCAGCUGUUGAGCGCCCGUAACCAGAAGGAGAAAAAAUUUCACUCGUGUCACUUUUCUUUUUUACCUACUCUCGCUCGUAAAAUCGUAUUGUGCUUGCUGCAGAAGAGUGUGUGUUUUCAUUGAAGCCUGUGAGCGUUUAUCUUGCGGUCCAAACGGUGAAAUACCGCACCGCUAAUCAAAAGAAGCAAAUCAAAACAAAGUGAACGAAACAAAAAUAUAUUCAAUCAUCGGCGUUUCUGUUCAGGGCCGUACGUAUUAGGAAUUCGAGUCAAUCGUCAGAGGACAUAAAUAUUUCAUCAUCUAGUUUCUGUACGAUUUCACCGGCAAUCGACGGCUAUACAGAGUGGACGGUUAGUGUAAUUGUGUGAAUAUUGUCAGCAAAAAAAGCUAAGCAUUGAGAAGCUGUGGUCGUGGUAACUGGUCAGCUGGUGUCGAGAAGAGUAAUUCGUACGUAAAUGUGGAAAAUGUGGAAUCCAUCGUACGAUAUUAUUGUCGAAACCCUAACCGGGUCGGAGUUCGAGGUGACCGUCAGCGACCGGGACACAGUCGGCUACAUAAAGUCCAAGAUUCAGAAAUAUGAAGGAAUACCGGUUAACCAACAGCAUCUGCUGUACAACCACAAAGAGCUGAACGAUGCAAUGGAGAUGAAGGAUAUUCCCCUCGUCAAUGGAUCCCGGUUGAAGCUGGUGCUGGGGAUGAAGGGCGGCCCCAUCUCGUCCAAGCGCGUCGUCACCAUUUCCGACUACGAGAAUUGGUUCGACAUGAGCGAUGUGCUAUCAAGGCAAGAUGUGUCCAAUUUUAAGGCACCUGGACUGAAGCUGCUGGUCAAUAAGAAGAAUAUACAUCGAUUAAUCAAAGUUCGGGCUGAAAAGGCAUCAGACAACAUCAAAGGAUCGAUUUCUAGAAAAAUUGGCGGUCAGAGCGGCGAAGACAUCGAUGGCGAGGAACUGGAACGCGAAACGCAAAAGGAACGCGACGAUAAGAUUACAGCUGAGAAACUGAACCAGAUCAAAACCAAAAUCAUGAUGAAGAAGAAAAAAUUGGCAAACUCAACCCUCCCAGCUGCGGAUUCGGAAAAUGUUAUAAAGGAAGAGAAAACGCCCAUCGCUCGACCUACCUAUUCGGCUGGUCCGAUCGGUUCGUCGAUUCCACAUCACCCACGACCCCUCUCCCAAACGGCGUCCAUUGCUACGGCUACCCGGGAACCUUUCUUACCACAUAUCAAUUUCCAUAACCCCAUCACUCGGCAGAUGACAACGGAGGUGGACCGCCACUCUCAGAUUCGUGAAAAUCUCCAGCGUAACCGUUCAUUCAAGACCAUCAGUGUUAAACACUUCAACGUAUCCGCCCACGAUAUGACGACCCACCACGAUUCGAGCAGGCUCGAACGAUCCCUGUCGUUUCACUCAAAUGGUAUCCUCAACCGCAUGGAUUCCGAUCCCACCGGUGGGGCCGCUUGUCGCAGUACCCACAGCCAAUCUCAGCACCAGCUUUCAUCCGCCUCGCUACACGACAUCAUCGAACUGCUCAAAUACACGCCAUCCAAACUAAGAACCAUCUCCCACGACGCAUUGAACAAGAUGAUAUCCAAGAAACCACAUCAACACACCUCGACAAAGCUACUGGAAAAUAGUUCAUUGAAAAAUAUUGACGAGUUUCUACGAGAUUACGAUGUUACGAUGACAAACCGUGUCAAAACGGCAACAGCUACGACGACGGCAGGUGAUUGCUCCAAUAUGUUGGCCGAAAGUGUUUUCAACAAAGACGCGGGGUUUGCUUCGGCAGAAAUCGCUUUCGAUAAAAGUUCGAACCCAAACACGUUGGACAAAACGUUCCGAACGCUCUAUAAAUCGACGUCUGAUGACAACAGUUCGUAUGAACUUCCGAAACUACUUAUUCGUGAGGACUCUCCGGUGGAAUCGUUUCACAGUUCCUAUCCUCAGUUGGAAACAGUUGCACUGCGUGGUGAAUCUCCUAAAAAUUUUAAUUCUAUUACCAAGCUACAAGAUACCGGCCCCAGUGGAGAGCUCGAUGAAAAUACAACAACGCUAGCACCGGGCGGGUUGACUAAAACCAACAGCGAGAAAAGCAAGCUCUCGUCCGGAUCAUUGUUGCAGCUGUACGAGCAUCCCCCGGCACCGACUGCAGCUGCAACUACCGCGGCUGCCAUCGGAAGCGGAAUAGGUAGUAGCAUUUCUAACGGUGGAACCUGGGCGCCACACUACGGCGCUGUUGGUAGUCAUCACCAUCACCAUUCAGACUUGGGCAUCAAUGAACUCGAGCUGAAGUUCAUUAAUAAUGGAUUGAUGGACAAGGGAUCGAGCAACACUAACUCCGUCUUCAAACUACCGGCUGUAUCGAACUUAGAAAUCAAUCACUGGAAUGCACUGUCAAAUGAUUCGGUGAAUGGCAAGGAGAAAGAAGAUGAGCAGGCCUCUAACCCAAGAACCUCCAACGGUUUUAUACACAGUGAUUUAUCGUUUUCGUCGAUUUCGUCGGAUGAGGAUGACUUGUUCAGUAUUUCCGACAUGAUUUAUAAAAACCAGGCCAACAAGUCCAAGUCGAUCGACUUGAAUGAAUUCCGAAAAACGUUCGGUAGUAGUCCAACACUGUUGAACAAUUUUGGUGGUACCAAUACUAAUCUGGCACCACAACUAUCUCGACUAGAUGCGAUCCCUUCACAGUACCGAAGAGGUUAUACAAAUUUGAACGAUGCUGGCCUUUCCUGCUCAACCUCCGAGCUAGAGUGUGUCAAUGCUACCACCAAGAAAAAGACUGGAAGUGGCGAUAACGCAGAAUUAUCGCCUCUAUUGAAACAUAGAAACAAUGAUCAUGUUGCGUAUGUGAGAAGUUACGAAAAUCUGAACCGUUAUAAGACAUCCUCAUCCAAAAAUGGGGAUGCCAGUGAUAUACUCCGGUGUCAACAGGGUGCUGGGCAAUUAUUGCCUGGGAUUAGCAAUUUAGAUAGUAUCGUGGAUUCGGAUCUGAACAGCAGUAACGGUUCCGGAUCUAAUCUGAUAGAUGAUAGCUUUACCGAUUUCGAAUAUAGGUUCUCUAGGUUAAAUUGUGCGAGUGGCAAUGGUCAUCACAGUGGAGUUAGUAGUAGUACCAAUAACAGUAGUAAAAUCCAAUAUAAUAGUAUCAGUAGUACUAGUAGUAGUAGUAAUCAACACAAUUGUCCAAAUAGUAACAGUCACAGGAUGCCAUCGUUGAACGAUUUGAACCAUCGGAAUCGACUACUACAUGGUCACUCUCCUUCUCUCAAUAGCACCUCAACGCCAUUUAGUAGUAAUAACAACAACUCCAACGCCGCCGCCAACUACUACUUUCCUUCGGAUGAAAGUCUUUUUAACAUAGACUCCUUCUUCGAUGACUUCGUCGAAAUCGAUACCAGUGAUAUAUUCGACAGUGCUGAAUACAUUAAUAUUGGAGGAGGAGCCCGUAGUUCAAAUUCUUCAUCCUCCAAAAUGUUACCAAAAUCGAACAAUUCGGGUUUUCUUUUGCCGGAUAUACUUCAACAGGAUGAGUUACUGUUGAAAACGCAAUCUGGGUUCGCCGAUGCCGACGAUUUGUUAAAUGGCGGCAAUGAUGCCCAUUCAUCAUCCAUCCAUCUCAUGGAUAAUGAAGAUCCGAUGAGUCUGAAUGAUCUUCCUCCGCUGGUUCGGAUACCACCCCCUUCUUCCGCAUUGGGUCAUUAUCAGCAACAACAGCCAUCCACAUCUGCUGGGGCCGCCAUGCAACAUCAUCCUGCCGAGCCGCUCAAAUCGAAAAAGCUUCGAUGUGCCCAAUGCAACCGCAAGCUUGGCGUCAUCAUGAUCAUGAAAUGUCACUGUGAGAAGAUUUUCUGUGCUCAGCAUCGGUACGCCGAAGCGCACAAUUGUUCGUACGAUUUCAAGCUCGAAGGCAAGAAAAUCCUCGAACGUGAAAAUCCACUAAUAGUGGCACAAAAAUUGCCCAAAAUAUAGGCAUUGACGCAUUACAAUAAACAAGUUUAUUAUUUUGAGUUGAUUUAUUUUUUGCACUGAAAGAUGCAUACGGACUAACGAUGCACGUUUGUAGAAUUUUAGUUUUACUCCAGCCCAUGUUUAGUUAUUCUGACUUGCUUUAGAAGAAAAAAUUGACAGUAGGUGUAUGCUUUAGUUUCUAACUAGAAUUAGGUCAAGUUCGAUAAUCUUGGCGUAUAACAACAAAAGGCAGAAAUUACAUUUAUCUUGUUAUUUUUUAAAUUAGGUUGCAUUCUACAUUAUUU